GAGUCAGUCAACUUCAUCUAAGUUAGUGGAAACACGUAAUGGCGACAUUCUGGGUGUUUAUUGUGAGUAGCUCUUCGGAUUUAUAUCAUCACUGAGCACAAUGUCGCUUCCAAAUCCAGUCCUUCAUACUGUCAACAGCUCGUCCGAAUGGCCUACGGUGCUACGGCCCAUUACUCAACUCUUGCAUCAGCAACCCCCUGCGUUCGUUUCUUCCGCGCCGCAUCCUCCAACCUCCAGUUCCGUUCAAGGCUUACUCGAAGAACUAGAGGCUCUGCCAACCGAUGUUGAUUGCUCAAACGAGAGUUCUCUCUCCACCCAGGCCCUCAGAGAUGCCUUCAACCUCAUUCUCCUUACCGUUGCAAGCAUGCGUCAAGUCGCGGGGCAAGACUCUUGUGAGGCAGAAGAACCUACCAGACCUCUAUUUUGCUUCUUUGUUAAAUCUAUCGCCCAUCUGAUGCGAAGUUCUGCCGUAAUCUUGACCGAGGAACCAUUUAUCCUUCCACGUUUAGAGAUGAAUGAAAUCUUGUCAUCACAGGGUACAUUUGAGGGCCACGCCGAACUUCUGAUAUCGCACCUUUGGCUGGGAACGGGCACCGCGUCUGACUCACUUUCUCCAUCUGUAUCCGAGCCAGCAGCGACACAGUCUGUCAAUGAUGUUGAACUUGGAAGCGACGAAGACAACCAAGACGAAGAUGAUGAUGAAGAGGGAGAAAACGAUAUGCGAGAGGAGAAUCCACUCAGAACAGGUCCUUCCGAUGUUGGCUUACCUUUCGAUGCACAUAUGAUUCUUGGGAGAGGCGUUCGGUCAUAUCUCAUCUUGCCUAUCCUCGUAGUUGCUGACUACGACAACAUCAUAUCCCUCAUGGCUAGCACGCUCUACCAGAGGCACGUUUGCGGCAUACGAGACCCUGUUGUUGGCCUGGCAUUCGCCAAGUAUGGUACCGUUGCCCAGGUUUUUCUGGGCUGGGCUUCAUACAUGGAUCUGGAGACGCCCAUUUUGCACAUCUCACGAGCGUCGAAGUAUGCGAGUUUGAUACCUUCUCUGGGAAUCUAUGAUUUGAAGGAUCCGUGGUCCGCGUGUGCCUUAGCCCAGUUCAUUCUAUCUCUUCAAGAUCACUUCCAAGAAGUCGUGGAAGCGACGACUCCAUUCCGCAUUCGGCCCUAUUGUUGGCGUCUUGAUCACAAUGACAAUGACGAUGAAUUCGAUGCCUUACCAUCAAAUGAUUCUCUACGGAACAGGAUUGUCUUGUGGCGUUCCCGUGUCGUCAUCGAUGCUUCCACUACGCACGUCUCUUUUCUUGCACCAGGUAUCUAUAACUGGACCGAUUCUCGUUUCAGCCACCAUCCGUCCCGAUCCUUCCCAGUCGAGAUGUCUAGUUCAAACUCACUACAACCUCCAACCAUCAUCACUAUCGCUAGAAGCUGUGGUUCAUCUGCUCAGGAUACUGCCUCCGAGAAAGUUGCAAGUGAGCAUGCCCGAAGCAUUAUGUCACGCUCAGGAUACAACAUGCAACCUGCUUACGAAUUGGACCAGCCUAAAAGUUCAAUUGCUAGCUGGUUGUUCGAGCGCAGAUCUGUUCUCGCCUCAAGAAUGAACAUGAAGUCAGCUCGCUUGGGACCCACUGAUGAUAUGGGCAAAGAAGAAUAUCACGAUUUUGAGGAGAAGAUAGAAGAGUUCUGCAGGCCAUUCACAAUGGUCUGGCCGAGAGAAUGGAAAAGUAAGGACGAUAUUCCGAUCAAGUCUGAUUCCCUACAGCAGGCAAGAGACGCCCUCUGGGAGCAAUACACAGAGUUCCAAAAUCGACAUGACGUUCAAAUUGAAGAUGUCGACCCGGAAUUCUUUCUUAUUCUCCUCGACCGCUUCGAUUGCAUCCUAUGGUCGUCCGUCAGGGCGUGUGCAUCUAAGGUGCACAAUGAACCUGAGCUGAAGAUUCGCAAUGUCCUUGAGGUUAAGAAGCGUUCACCAUGGGACGUCCUCCUUCAAUUGUUCUACAUCAGAACGACUGAGGAAUUUGUUUCUCCUUAUGUGCACUUAGAACGAAAGAUCACUUUGUCAGUGAAUCCAACGGCGCGCCAAUUGAAGGAAGGUAAACCAGUUGACGACGUCAAGCGAGAUAUGUUCUCUCUAUCAGAGGAUAUCGUUUAUCGCUCUUUGACUGAAAUGUCGGCCGCAAUGCACGAAGACUACAAUGGGGAGCUACUUAGUGAAGCUUGGGCUGUGCUCCGAAGAGCCUACAUCUCUGACGGGCUGGUCCGGCAACUCGCUACAAAUCUGUCUGAUGCUGAGUUCAAGACUUUCAUACUCAAUCGGGCAUCCGAGGAACCCCAUGAAGGCAUAUGCGACGCGGUGAUCGUGACACCUUUCAAAGUUCCAGAGACGGAUCAUUCAUUGGAGUCAUUCAUACCCUUCGUCGGAAAUGCCACAGAUGGUCCAGAGGAUCCCCAUUUCGACUAUGACGCCAUACUGAAGAGGAAAGAGGAGAACCAGAAGUCGCAGAAAACCGUGUCUUACAAGAAGACCAAGGUGCGAAUGGACAUUGGUGUAAACGAGAUGAAGCGGUUGCUGAAAAACCCCCUUCGAGUCUCGUCUGACACACGAGGUGUUAAAAGUUCUAAUUUCAGUGGCAAGUAUCGUGUACCGAACCACUUCCACAAGGACAAAUUCGUCCUCUUACCUCGAUUGUUGGCCGAGUAUAAGAAGACUGACAAUGAGGAUAAAGGUCUGCACCAAGAUUUCAUGUAUAUUGUAUCUGCGACGAAUUUCCUCGCAUCUUGCGGAGUCUACGACUAUCCCGUCUAUGGCCUUACCACAAAUGGUUCUGUGGGAGGAGUCAUGAUAGUUUGGCAAUCGAAGAAAUUCAAGGUGUGUGGAUGCGGCUACUGUUUCGACCUCAGGCUGACGACGUGCACUAGAAAGUCAAUGUCAUCGAACGUCAACUUCCUACCUUUGACAUUGCCGAACCAUUCCAGGCCUACCAAUUCGUCACUUUUCUUUUGAAGUUACGGAAGAUGGAUGAUCUACUUGAAGAGUUGACUGACCAAAGUCGCAUGCCUUCGACGUAUUCCCGGACCUUGUGUAGCCACUUCGUUGAUGAGUGCAAGGAUGGUUGUGCGCAAUGGGCACAACAGUGCCAUUUCGAGAAAAUGAAAACAACGACUGAUAAGAAGACGCAGCAGCGGGACGGCUAGGAAUGGUGAGUACCCUGCCUAACUUGUAUAUGCUCUGACCAACACAUACCAUAGAUACCUGUGCCUGAACACAUGGAUGACAAUGACUCUGAGCUUGCUUUAGUCCACGAAAUGUCUGUCGGUGCCAUCAUAUUACCUGUAUCUCGCAUAUGCUGCCUUUCUACUAUUAGAACGUGUAGUUAUAAGUCAUUACCGAAUUAUGCCUACUUACAUAUCGUGUGUUUGAAAGCGGGAUCGGACUCGGGUUCAACUUGAGGCUUUUGAAAUGAG